AUGGGACUCUUAACACUUGGAACACCACUUCCUUGGGAGAAAGCAAAAAAAUAUUCAGAUUAUGUUCGUGAGCAUGGAAUUCAUCAAUUUUUAUCAAUAUAUCAAAAAAUGAAAAAUAGACAAAAAAACUGUCUUGUUUGGGGUGAUGAGGUAGAAUAUAUGGUUAUCGUGUAUGAUCAUGAAACUAAAAACGCGAAAUUGGCAUUAAGGGCAUUUGAGAUUUUAAAAGAGUUACAAAAAGAAGAAGAUGAAUUGAACGAUAAUCCAAAUUCAGGAAAAGUGCUAGAAACUUUAUGGAGGCCAGAAUAUGGAGCAUAUAUGAUUGAAGGCACUCCUGGAAAUCCUUACGGCGGAACUAUAAAAGAUUUGCUUAAGGUUGAACCAAAUAUGAAAUUAAGGAGACUUGUUGUAACAAAACAUUUAGGACAGAAUGAAACAAUUGUCACUGUUACAAGCUUUCCUCGUCUUGGUUGUCAAGGUCAAUUUUUGGAACCACAUUAUGAACCACAUGGAAAUGCAUCAAGAAGUUUAUUUGUACCUGAUGAAUUAAUUAAUCCACAUGCAAGAUUCCCAACACUUACUGCGAAUAUUCGUAAACGUCGAGGAUCCAAAGUAGCAAUCAAUAUGCCCAUCUUUCAUGAUAAAAACACGCCAAACCCUUUUAUAGAUCCAAAAAUUACAUAUGAUCGCAAUCUAUUUCCUGAAGAUAAAGAGGCUGUUGAAGGUGCUGCCUUACCAGAUCAUAUUUAUAUGGAUUCCAUGGUAUUUGGUAUGGGUUGUUGCUGUUUACAAAUCACUUUUCAAGCAUGUAAUAUUGAAGAAGCAAGACGCUUAUAUGAUCAAUUGGCAGUUAUUGCAGCUGCACCAAUUUAUCGUGGCUAUUUAUCAGAUGUUGAUUGUAGAUGGGAUGUUAUAGCUGGAAGUGUUGAUGAUCGUACUAAAGAAGAACGUGGUCUAGAGCCAUUGAAAAAUGAUCGAUUUGUCAUCAACAAAUCACGUUAUGAUUCAAUUGAUUGCUACAUUUCAACAGAUAAAACCCUCAAGCCUGAAUAUAAUGAUUUGGAUUUGGUUUAUGAUGAAAAAAUAUUUAAAAAAUUAGUUGACAAUGGAAUUGAUGAACUUUUGGCACGUCAUAUUUCACAUUUGUUUAUUAGAGAUCCUUUAGUUAUUUUCGAGGAAUUGUUAGAUCAAGAUGAUAAUAUUUCUUCUGACCAUUUUGAGAACAUACAGUCAACAAAUUGGCAAACUAUGAGAUUCAAACCACCACCACCCAAUUCAAAUAUAGGCUGGAGAGUGGAAUUUCGUAGUAUGGAGAUACAAAUAACAGAUUUUGAGAAUGCUGCUUUUGCAAUAUUUAUUGUAUUGUUGACUAGGAUAAUUUUAAGUUAUAACUUAAAUUUUUAUAUUCCUAUUUCAAAAGUUGAUGAGAAUAUGAGGAUAGCUCAUAAUAAAGAUGCAGUAUUAAAUGAAAAGUUUUGGUUUAGAAAAAACAUUUUGGAAAAUGAUGAUGAAUAUCAAAAAAUGACCAUCAAUGAAAUUUUUAAUGGAAAUGACAAAUUUCCUGGAUUGAUCUCAUUAAUUUUCAGAUAUUUAGAAUCAAUCAAUGUAGACAUAGAAUCUAGAUGUAUGCUAGGAAAAUAUCUAAGAUUUGUUAGUAAAAGAGCUGAAGGUAAGUUGCAAACAACAGCAAAAUGGAUGAGAAACUUUGUACAAAAUCAUCCAAAAUAUAAUCAAGAUUCUGUCGUUACUCAGGAAAUUAAUUAUGACUUGAUCAGGAUGAUUGAAAAGAUUCAAAAUGGUCAGGUUAAAGUUGAGGAAUUAAUGGAUGAUUGUUUACAAAAGUAA